CUUUCGGCAGGUGCGUGAGAAGACGGUUCAUUGGAUCGUUGCGAAUGAGCAUUGCAUUAUUCGUUAAAAUGUUCCUAAAAACUCUGCUUCGUUCCAAACUACUUGUACGUCUCGGAAAAUGAAAUAGGCUUUAAACUUGAAGUCGGUUUUAAAAGAUUUCACAAAUAAACUGUACAAUUGUUUUUCCUGCAUUUCAAGAAGACGUCGAUUGAAACCAGAGGCAUGUGUACGAACUAAUGGAAUCUAAUUACCUAUUUGCAUGUUUUUAUCUAACGUGCUGGAUAAGAGAGAGAAGACAUUUAUAACAAGCUGUAAGGAAUCAAAUCCCUGAUGAUGUGCAUUACAUUCAUAAAUAGAGCUUCAUUUACAAUAAACCGGUGGAUUUUUAUCUUAUGAUGGGACAAGGAGCGGCCAAAAAAGAAGUUGAUAAAGGUACGCGAUUGUACGCAGAACAAAAGUUUGAUGCUGCAAUCAAUGAAUGGAAAAGUGCUUUACGAAGAAUGACUAAGAAAGAAAAAAUUCUCGACAAAUUCAACACUUUAAAUUAUCUAUGCAUGGCUUACUUCGAUAUGGGGAAAUACCGGGAAAUUGUCGUGUGCGCUAACCAACAGCUCGAAAUGUUGAAUUCUAAAACCAUGUGCAAUAAUGUUGAUCUGUUCCAAGAAGCAUACUUCAAUCUAGCGCGAGGAUAUGAAAAAUUAUCAGAGUUUAAAAAGAGCAUCUCAUACGCCAAAAGCUGCAUUGAAAAGGAACCUAAAAAUGAAAAUGCCAGAGAUAUUAAAUCAUUCGCGACGAUUUGUCUUGCAAAAGCUUAUCAUGGACUCAGUGACUUUUACAACGCUAUAAAUAACUUUGAAAUCGUUUUAAGCAGGUCCGAGCAAAACCCCUCCUUACACAUGAAAUUCCUUGCGUUUGAGAGUCUUGGACAACUUUUUUCCAAGAUAAAGGAUUACGAUACAGCCCAUCUAUAUUAUGACAAGUGCUUAGAUAUCAUACAACAAGAUGCUACCACGCUCUCCAAGUACCGACGACGGAUACAGAGCCAGAUUUCUCUCCCUUUACUUCACAUGGGUCGCUUCAAUGACGCCAUGGAACAGUGCGAGCUGUCUAUGAAGGAUGCCAUGUUGCGGGCCGACCGCCCCGUACAAGCUCGCUGCCUGUUUACUUUUGCAGAGAUUCACAGAAAGAGGAAAGACUUUGAGCGAUCAUUCCCGCGCUAUGAGUCAGCCUACGCCCUCUUCGUUGAGAUGGGUGACCGUCUGAAUCAGGUCGAGGUGCUUGGAGGAAUGGCAAAAUGCAUGACUGCUCUAAAGGACUUUGAACAGGCCAUAGAAAUAAAUCACAAAGCGCAUCAACUAGCAGAAGAAAUUGGGAACAGGAUGGGCUUAUUGGACUGUAACACAAGACUAGCAGAACUCUAUGUGAUGACCGGAAACUCUUACGCCGCGCAUCAAUGCGAGGAAAGAAUCUCGCGCUUGACAGCGGAAUUGGAACUCUUUUGUGGUGUAUGUGGAGAAAGCAUGGGUCAGAUUCCGGAACACUUGGACAAACUUCCGUGUGGUCAUCUUAUACAUUCGAAAUGUACACCACACUUAGCGCGGUAUACCUGGGGGAGGAAAGGGAGAAAAAGACCGUGUCCGUCAUGUCGAAAUCGAUCAUCCGGGAACCCUGUUCUUUCACAUUAAUGAAUUUAAGUACUUUAAUAUUUAGAAUGGUGCCUAAUGUACAUUGUAUUUGUAUGAGUUAAUCAUACACUAGAUUGUUUUGGGAAAAAAUCAUAUAUGUGUUCUUAAAAUACAUCGGAAUCUAAGAAAUUUUACUUUCCAUUUAGGCCAUUUAAUAAAGCAAAUUAACGUCAAUUCAUUUAACACAGCUCAAAAAACUCAUCAUUUGAUAUCUUUUCA